AUGCUAAACUUGGGAAUUCACUGCAAAGGCACCGAGGACGAUCCCUGGAAAUGUCAGUUAAAACAGUUGGCUCAUCAAAACUGUUCCCUGCAAGAGGAAGCAGCUGGCGCAAUAUGCUCAGGACACAAAGAGCCGAGACUGGUUGGUGGAGCGCACAGUUGCUCUGGAAGGUUGGAGAUAAAGUAUGGAGGCACCUGGGGGACUGUGUGUCAUUCAAAUUGGGAUUCACCGGACGCCCGUGUGGUUUGCGCAUCGCUGAAAUGUGGGGAUGUGAUAUCGGUGCCCGGAGAGGCUUAUUUUGGUGAAGGCAGUGGUCCUAUUUGGCAGGAUGUCUAUGAAUGUCAGGGUAAUGAAGCCAUUCUCUGGGACUGCCCCACUACACGAAGAAAUCAAUACAACUGCACGCACAGACAUGACGUCAGUGUCAUUUGUUCAGGACAUAAAGGACCGCGGUUAGUUGGUGGUGAUGACACCUGCUCAGGAAGAGUGGAGAUAUUGCUGGGCAACAUCUGGGGUACAGUUUGCGAUACCUACUGGGAUUUACAGGAUGCGGCUGUAGUGUGCAAUCAACUUGGCUGUGGGGCUGCGGUAUCAACGCCGGGAGGAGCCUUCUUUGGAGAGGGUAUUGGUUCGAUAUGGAAUGAUAUCAAUGAAUGUAUUGGCAAUGAGAUGCGUUUGAGCGACUGCCCAGUGUCAUCCUGGGGGCACCUUCAGUGCACGCACAAAAAUGAUGCCGGUGUCAUCUGUUCUGGUGGACACAGGCAGGUACGACUGACCAAUGGAGAAAGUGUUUGUGAUGGCCGAGUGGAGGUUUAUUAUGGCGGUGUUUGGGGCAGAGUGAUGGACACUGAGUGGAAUUUCAAUGAUGCAGAUGUAGUAUGCAGGCAGCUGAACUGUGGCACUGCAAUAAGUGUUUAUAAUCACUCGAAGUUUGGAAAAGGUGCCGGUCCAGUGUGGAUUAGCAACGUCCAAUGCAAUGGAAGUGAAUCCUUUCUUUGGAAUUGUAGUUUUACACAAACGAGACAAUUAUCUAUUAACGAUGACGUCGGCGUGGUUUGCUCUGAUCAUAUUCAGGUAAGACUGGCAGAUGGUGGAAGUCGCUGUGCCGGAAGGGUGGAGCUUUACUACAAUGGAACCUGGGGGACUGUGUGUGAUGAUUCCUGGGAUUUAGCAGACGCCCGUGUUGUAUGUGACCAGCUGAAGUGUGGACAGGCUCUAAAUGCAACGGUUUCCGGUUGGUUUGGCCCAGGAUCAGGGCCUAUCUGGCUACAUAAUCUGAAGUGCACAGCAAAUGAUUCUGUUUUGUGGGAAUGUCCUGCCGGCCCAAGGGCUCAGAGCGACUGCAAUCAUAAAGAAGAUGCUGGAGUUAUCUGCUCGGAGCACAGGGCUGUAAGGCUGCAGGAUGGACAGAAUCCCUGUCAGGGCAGAAUUGAGGUUUUGUAUAAUGCUACCUGGGGGACUGUUUGUGCUGAUUCGUUUGGAAUGGUGGAUGCUGAAGUCGUUUGUAAGCAGCUCAGCUGCGGAUCGGCUCGAUCUGUGGAAAACAGUAUCAGAUUUGGAAUGGGUUUUGGACACAUCUGGCUUGAUGAGGUGAACUGUCGUUUGCAAGAUUCAUUGUUAUGGCAAUGUCCAUCUUCACCAUGGGGUGAACAUAAUUGUGGCCACCGGGAGGAUGUAGGAGUCAUUUGCUCAGGUAUCAACGACAAAUGGAACUAA